AUGAGGUCACUCUCAAUAGGGAGCAAGCAAAUCAUAUUAUCAAGCUUUCAAAAAUGUUUUUGCACUGAGGACUGCACUUUGAAUAGUUAUAAAAAUCUUGAGAGCUCUUGGCAGGCUGCUUCCCACCACAUGACAGCAUUUCAGAAGAGUGUAAUAAGUGCACCAUUUGCAGGCAAGAUGAUGGAGUUUGACAUGUAUUACCAUUUGCUGUGGGAUUGGGCCUGCAAUCUCUUGAAGGAUUCCAAUGUGGGACCAUACUUUCCAUGGACAGCUAAUGAUGUUUGGAAUGUACAAAGUGGUCUACCUUCAGAUGGCAAAGUUCUGGCAUUCAUUAUGUAUGCCAAUAAAUCCAAGCUAUCAUCAUUUGGUCAACAGAAAGGGUAUCUGGUUGGUGCAUGGAUUGCUAACCUUCCAACUUGGAUCCAUAAUGGUGAAGGUUUAGGUGGUGGCCAAGUAGUCAUGUGGUUACUGAUUGUAAAGGAAGACAAAAGGUAUUCUGGAAAGAAAUUGUUUGCCAACUUCAAGAAUCAUGUUUGGCAUGAAUCUUUCAAGAAGAUACUGGAUAUGAUCUCGGAGUACUCAAAUACCAGCUUCUGGCAAGCAGUCAUGGCACUUAUGCAUAGUGUCAUGUCAAAUUACCCUUGUCCUAUUUGCCUCAUUCCUCAUGAGGAGAUAUCCAAAUUCCCCACAGACUGUGAACAUCAUACCAGUGAGAAUGUUUUCAAGACAUUACAGGAAGCAUGCUUGCAGAACCAAGCAGACCACAAGGAACAGAUUCUGGCAAAGCAGGGACUACAUGAUGUAGAUCUAAGUUGCUCAUGCUAUUACCUUCACUCCCACUCUGAUCCCUUCCAGAUGUUGUGCUGGGACAGACUGCAUGCCAACUGUGCAGGAAAAUUUGGUGAUCAUUUGUGGGGAGAACUCAUGAGGAUUCUUGAGACAAUGGGCUGUCAAACGAUGGGAAAAGUAGAAUGGAAUCUUAGCACAGUACUUCGUUGGCAUGGCCUCAAUCAUUUUGAGGAAGCACUUUUGGUUUCAUACACAGAUGGCCAAAAAUUUGAGGAUCUAUCCAAGCCACUGUACCUUCUAUUGCAUUGUUUACAUGCUUGCAUUGAAUUUGAUAUGUAUACUGCACUGGAAUUACAUACAACACACACACUUGCCACUGGGCAGGAGGUGCUUGUUAUCUUUGAUUCAUUGAUGAAGAAAUAUGCAGAGGAAACACAAUAUACUGGGAAAAAUUGGAACUUUCCAAAGAACCACACCUGGAUGCAUGUGUUCAAUGACAUCAAAGCUAAGGGUGUCACCCACAAUUUCAAUACAAAGCCAAAUGAGAAAAUGCAUGGCCCAUUGAAGGAAGCAUAUCAGAAACAAACAAACUUCAAGAAUGUUGCUCAGCAAAUUCUCCACAUCAAUCACCUUGGACUUGUUUGCAAACAUAUCCACUGCAAGAUUACAGAAUACAAUACCUACAUGUUGACCACAAAAGCGACACAUCUGGGUAACCUUGAAGCUGAUGAGCCUGAAGAAGAAUUUUUCCACAUCAAGUUAGGUAGCAAAAUGAAGGAACCAUUAACAUUUGAGGACAUGGGGAGGAAGAGUACUACUGACAAUGUGUUCAGCCAGUUCUGGGGAAAGCUCAGUGAGUUCCUCAAUAAACACUUUGAUAUUGCAGGGGAACCUCUUCCUGGUGGGAAGCACAUCCAAUUCCAAAUGAAUGAGAAGAUCAUGGAAUUUUGCUUUGUCAAAGUUAACUUUGAAUCCACUGUUGAUUGGUGUCAGUACACAGAUUAUCUACAUUGCCACCCUAAUUUCCAUGGAUGCCCCCAUUAUGACUGUGUGCUCAUCAAGACUCAGCAAAAAGACAUGUUUGGGCAACUUGUACUUUUGUUCCAGUGCAUUGUUGUCCAUUCAAUCAUUCAUGGUGCCCUUCUAUAUCCAGAUCAUAUGAGACCUGUUGACACUGACAUGGUCCUUUGUGUGCAAAUGAUGCACAAAGCUGCAGGACACCUCUGA